AACUUAAAUCCACUAUUUACAACCCCGCCCCCCCAAGAACCAGAGGAGAUGAAAACCCCCCUCCCUCUCUCUCUCUCUCUCUCUCGUUGAUCUCUCUUUCUCCGGUUAGGGAGCGACUGAAACCCUAGCUCCCCUAUGCUUAUGAUCACCGACUGUUCCCUUUGAUAUCCCUGUCUCUCAUCGGCGAGAUCCCUCUCUCUCUCUCUCACUGGAUUCCGGCAUUUUUUGGUCACUCCAGCGAAGAUUUGCAGAAACCGGCGACGAGGAACAAAUUCCGGCCAACUUUCCUGCGAAUACAGUGACUUCUACGCUUUGGGCAAAGCCUGAAAGAACAACAGAGCAUGGCUCAUUGUAAAUUGUUUUGUAUGUUUCAAUGUUUGCAUGACAUGACAUCUACAACUUCAAAACGUUUUGCAGCAAGGGCAGUGCAUCAACUCAAGUCUCCAGAUAGUAAAGAAGAUGGAAUGAGAAGGCCUUUUGUAACAAGGGGGAAUGGCAAGGACAAACCUCAGUCUAAAUUAGAAAGAAAUGUACUACAAGAACUAAAUUCAGCAGAAUAUGUCAAUUGUUGACCACUUCAACAUAUAUGUCGAAGGAGAAGACAAAUGGACAAAACAUUAUCUGAGUUCUGCACUAGAAGAUUUGGGAGAAUCAAAAUCUAACGGAGAGAUGGAGCAAGGAAAUAUUGCAAGGGGAUCUUCGUCUAUAGUAGAUUUUGGUGGUGCAUCACAGGGAAACGAGCUACAAAUCAUUUGCUCUGAUUCUUCCAUAAAGAAAUUCAAGUUUGAUCACGUGUUUAGGCCCGAGGACGACCAAGAUGCUGUUUUUGUGCAAACUUACCCUAUAUUGACCUCAGUAUUUGAUGGUCACGAUGUCUGUAUUUUGUCUUAUGGACAAGCGGGAACGGUUUACACUGGAAGGAACCCUAGAGAAUAGGGGUGUGAUCUAGCGAACAUUUCAGGAGUUGUUUAGGAUUGCAAAUGAAAGGAGCAAUAACAUGAGAUAUGAGCUAUUUGUCAGCAUUUUGGAGGUUUACAAUGAGAAAACAAGAGAUCUCCUAGUGCAGAACAACAAUCCCACGAAAAAGUUGGAGAUAAAGCAAGCAAAGGAGGGCACCAAGGAAGUCCUGGAACUUGUUGAAGUUCGUGUUUGUGAUACUGAUGCAGUAUGGAAGUUGCUCAAGCAUGGGAGCAGAGUCAGAUCUACUAAUGCUAAUCAGCUUAGCAGUCCCUCUCAUUGGAAUUCGAGGAUGACUCAGAUGUUGCAGAGCUCUCUAGCUAAUCUCUCAUCCAGUGAAACUUACUGCAACUUUUCAGGGGGAGAUUGCAAAACUCUAAUGAUUGUUCAGAUCAACACAAGUGCUACUAUUCUUAGAGAAACCCUUAGCUGUCUUAAGUUUGCUAACCGUGUCCGAGGUAUUGAGCAUGGACCUGCUCGGAAACGGAUGGACAUCUUGGAGCUUUUCAAGUACAAGCAACAGGUUGUGCCUGGGAUGCUUAUUGCAGAAACAACAAAGUCAUGGGAUGAAAUGGGAUUGACUUUACAGGACCAAAAAAAGAAUGCUCUAAUGCAAAGCAACAUUGUUGUUGCUGUUAUAGAUUCUGGCAUAUGCAUGCAAUCAGAGAGCUUUUCCGAUGAGGGAAUUACACCUCUAGAAGAGGCUGAAUUCCGUCCGAGCAAUGAUAUAACUUUUAGGCGUAACAAUAAGGUGGUUGCAGCUAAUUGCUAUUACUUGGAUGACAAAACGAUUAACAUUGACAUGGAUAAAACUAUAACAGACUAUUCCGGGCACGGCACUGGUUGUGCCUCCGUGAUAUCGGGUAGAUUUGUGGACAAUGUCAGUUACGGGUUGAUAAAGAAGGGUGAGUUUAAAGGUGGUGUACCAGGAGCGAGACUCUCUAUUUACAAACUCUGUCAACCAAUCCUUAUAAAGGUGGCAGUAGCUGAAGCUGUAACCCAUGGAGCCCACAUCUUGUCAAUGUCCAUCUCCGAACCAGAAAAGAAGAAAGUUCUUGGUAAGAGAGUGGUUCAUCAAGUGCAGCACAUAGCGAGAGAAUGGGUCCUUCGUUCAUGAGUAGCAAUAUAGCUCAGUCAACAUUAUUAGCGGUGCUCCAAAAUGUGCUAGCUUGUGUUGCUGGUGGAAACGAAGGAGUCAGAAAUUUUGCAACAUGGCAACUGAAUGUCGGUUCCUGUGUUUCGCCGUGGGUUUUCCAGACCAAAGUAUUAUUGGGGCAUGGCUAUGGCGAUCACCAGGGAUAUUCGAUUAACCCAGUUGAUAGUGGAUAUGCGCCUUGAUCAACAUUUCCAAUGCAAAAAUCCACGGGUCCAGGAAUAAAUUGGAUUCUGCUAAAGUGAGGGGCAAAAUUCUUGUGUGCAAAAGUAGUGAGAUGGUACCAUUCCGUUUGACUGAAGAAAAAGAAUUUAGUGAGAUGGCCGAUUGUGCCUUGGAUGCCGGAGCGCUUGGGAUGAUAGUUAUAAUAGAUGGAGAUCAAAUUAAAUCUAG